CGCCCGUUGCCUCUGCUGCUCCAGCAGCUGCUCCUACGUCCGCAGGGAAGCCCGCCAGGAAUAGCAGGAUGGCCCCACUUGGAUCUGACUCGAAUUUCGGACCAUAUUCCGAAGACCACAGCUACACGGUGUCCACCCUUACAUCCGACACUGCCACUAUCCGUCGCGCAUCGGUUGCCAGGCAGGUUCAUGAGGAUACCUCAAUGAGCAGUGAUCCCAUGAACGAACCAUCCGGACCUCGUUUCAUGAUGCCUACCACUGCAGCUGCCAGACGCAGACUCUCGCCUUCUACCAAGCAUAAUGUCGAAGCCACUGUUGGUGCACGCCGUGUCAUGUCCGAGAGCAAGGGAUUGGGAGGAGCUAUGCGUGCAAGGCGUGUCGCUGAGUCUCCACGUCAGAAUAGGCGAUUGACGGUUACAGGUGGGCUCGGGAGCUCUAUGAGAGUGUCGAAUCCGGCAGCGGUUGCGCAGCAUAUCCAAGAGGAGGUCGACCUGCCUAGGCCGGGAUCUGGAUCUUCGAGGAUGAGCGGGGGUGGUGCGAAGCCUGGCUGGCGCUGAAUGCUUGAUCAUGCUUGUGUUUGUGGUUCGUCGUUUGUCAUUGGAGUUUUGUGGAGUUCAUUGCAUACCUAAAUACUGGGAGUUGGUCUCGUUUCACGGAAUCAGGAUAGAUAAUAUGCACAUCCGCUGCGUACCACCAACUCAGAUGUCUUGCAUUAUAUGGUUUUGCUUGUCGAGGACGAUCCGGUAGUAGUGCUCUUGUACACGUAUCUGUGAAUGAGGCCGCAUUCG